ACCCCCGCACCCCCUCAUAACCAAGAACAAGAUCGAGAAAUCUCUUCAAGAUGUGCAUGAAAGUCAACUGCUCAAACUGCAACAAAGCCACCUGGUGGGGCUGCGGCGCGCAUAUCCCCUCCGUUCUGGACUCGGUUCCGGAGAGUGAGCGCUGCACUUGUGUGCCCAAGGUGGUGCGCGAUGGAAAGGAGUACCCGCCUAAGGCGGAGAAAUGACUCUCUGCGGGGUGUGUUGUUUGUUAGUUAUAAUCGAGUAGUGAUUGUUGAGCCUGUUUAUGAUCUAUGAUUACCUUUGAACUUGUUCUAUGACUGUAGUGGUGUUGGAGUGGUGGAGGUAGUAUUCAGUUGCUUGAUGGGACGGAUGUCUUAGCGUGGUAUAGCACCCUUUUGAGAUACAGCAUAUAGCGAAGCGGUUGCUAUUGUGUGAUAAUGCGAAUUCCACUCAUUGAUACGAGUGAUCGUUAUUAGGAAUGUAUAAACGUAAAGUAAUAGUAGACAAGUAUUAAUAGCCAGGUUAGCUCAGUCA